ACACACACACACACACACACACACACACACACACACAUACACGAAUGUCCUGCCACAUCAACCCAAGAUACUGAAAUCGAGGUUGAUGUUGCUCUCGCAGCAUAAAAACCACAGACUCUGUCACAUGUGCGUCUCUGCAGCAGCCUCUGAUGCAUCAACAGAGACUAUGUAAACAAAAGAAAUCCUCCUCCUGGGAACAUAUUUAUCGUAGUUAACAGCAUCCGAUUUAAGAAAAGUAAGAUUUAAUCAUUUAUCAUGUUACUUUCGAGCAUUAAUUUACCCUUCUUUAAGUAGAAAACAUGAAUAUUUGUGUUCUUGUCGAAGGUUACAUGAGAAGAUUGAUAUAUGUCUGUGGGAUGAUUAUGCAGCAGCAGAUGAUAAUUAGCUUAGCUAGCAACAGCUAACUACGGGUUACAAAAUCCAGCUAACCGCUUUAAAUGUAAUUACCGCGUGUUUAAAAAAAAAGCAUGUGUUUGAACUAAAUAAGGGUAAAGCUUUAAAAAAAGCCACCGCGUUAGCAGUUUCUGCGCUUAUCAUUUCUGUAAUGGCCCCUAAACGCCCUGAUUGCUGACAGUAAGCACAUCACAAGUGGACAUCAGCUAAAAAAAGACUUUAUUUAGCAAGUAUUCACGGUGUGCUUUUUUUUUUGUUGUUGUUGUUGUUGUCAUUCCCGCUCUGCACAACAACCUUUCAUGUUUACUUGGUUUGAUGGGGAGUUUUCAGGUUGUGAUGAUGAUGGUGGGGGUGGGGGAGCAGGGACUUACCAUGUUGUCAAGAAUGUCUGCCCAUGAAAAAAAUGAUCACUUUAACGAGAAGGCCUCCCUCCGCCUCCUCCUCCAGGAUUUCUCAAGCUAAGGGCGGGGUAGUGUGUGUGUGUGAGUGUGUGUGUGUGUGUGUGUGUGUGUGUGUGUGUGUGUGUGUGUGUGUGUUCAUGCGUGCACACCACCAAGUGUGGCGUGGCCUGCACAAGAGGCGGAGACAACAAAAGCAGGAUGUGAUACAGCAGGCCUCCACUUCCUUGUACGGCUCCACGGAGAUCCAGCGCAGCGCAGAGAGCGCCACCUCUCGUCCGCCGUCGGCCCCGUCGUGCAGCGUGCUGGUAAAAUUCCAUUCCCACAGAUGGGGAUGAGUAGCCCACAAGUGCAACAACGGGCCGCACUGAAAUCUGCUUGAUAAGAUAUGUGACUGUUUUCGGGAAUUCCAAUCAAGUGUGGCCGGAGGAACCGAGUGCAAAGGUCCUGGUGUGUUCAACAGCUGAAAGAUGAUAUAUUCUUUUUCUUGUUUCUUUUUGUGCUUUUAGGUAUGUUCACUGAACCCCACCCAUCUCAGUCCACACAGUUUGAGGUUGGGGACCCUCCUGCGCCUGAAAGGUCGAAGGUUCAGUCCUGAAAAUCCUCCCAGCUACUUAAAAAAGCACACGGCACAAAUGCGAAUCUCAGAAAACUUCUCAAGCCGCUGCACUCAUGUCCAGAAAAGUUAAACAUUAACGCCGUGGUGCACUCGGGUAAUUGUCUCUCCCCGAAACACAUCCAACAUGGCGGCUUCCUUGUAGACGUUUUUUCUUAAGCAGGAAGAAGCUGAAAGCCAUGAAGGAGAUCAGCCCUCAUGGAAGCAAAGGAAAUAGUCCACUGUGCUCAUCAGAUUGAGAAAUCCAUUGCAGACAGAAGUUAUGGGAACAUCCUGACGCUACUUGGUGACCUUCAUAAGGCUCGAAUCACAGCAGAGCAGCUGGAAAUGACUGACAUUGUUAAAGUGCUUUACCGGCUCCUGAAAAGCUGCUCAGACACCAGUGUGAAGAAGGAAGUCAAGAGCUUGUUGUCUAAGUGGAAGAAAGAGUAUAGUAAGGAUACUCGAGGACUGAAGUGCACUGACAAGGAGGAAGAGCUUCCAUGUAGGGUUCCUGUCCCAGAAAGUGGGGAUGGAGUUUCAUCUUGUAGGGACUUUAAGGACCAAGAGGAAGAAAAAGAAACAUCCUCCUUAAUAUCUGAACCUUCCCUCCAGACUCCCUCUACAGACAGCAUCUCUGCAUCUUCUGAUCCCGUAAGAACCAAAUGUGUCCAGCUCCUCCUCGCUGCUCUCUGCGCCGAACCCCCUGAUCGAGACAAGGCCACAGGGCUAGCCGGAGACAUCGAGCGGCACAUCCACGAGCUCCACAGACCCAAUCAGCUCAAAUACAAAGCUUGUGUGAGGAGCAAGGUGGCCAACCUGAGGAACCCCAAAAACGGUCACCUGCGUCAGGGCCUCUUGAGCGGCUCGCUGCCUCCCCAGGCCUUUGCUGGGAUGUCUGCCGAGGAGAUGGCCGGCGAAGAGCUCCGGCAGCUGAGGAAGGAGUACUCGACCCAGGGCGUGAGCGAGAGGCAGCUUCCACAAGGGAUAGAGGGGACGCAGACCCGGAAGAUUCGCUGCCAAAGGUGUGGUGGUUCAGACUGCAGAGUGACUCAAGUGUCCAGGGGUGCGCUGUUCUUGCCUGCGUGGGUGAAAGGGGGUGGCCCUGGCGAGGAUGCAAUGACCUUUGUGACCUGCAGCGGGUGUGGGCAGCAGUGGUACCACAGCGGCUGGGUCUGCCUCUAAAUUAUUAUCAACCUUUUUUCACAAGAAAGUUUUUGUGACUUUUGACUGGAUGGUGCUUCUAGAUCCGACUGUUGUGUGGGGCUUUCAAUGUGAAUUAAUUUGUUUUAUUUUGAGUUUGGUCCAUAAAAUGUCUAAAAUGCUGUGAAACACCCAAAAUAUCCAAGUCAACACAUUGUUAUCUUCAUCCAGAACACAAAUAAAUUCAGUUUACUCCAGCAGAAAGUAAAAAAAGAAAGAAAAAAAAAAUAGAAGCUUGAA